UGCCAGCCAUGGGUCUUCGGAACCCAUCUACUUUCGGCAAACAACCAUUUCUAGACAUUGCACGAUUACUACACUAAAUUUAGUGUAGUGACUAAAAAUAUAGUAAUUUCAUAAUAAUUUAUUGUAUACAGUCUUUGGUGGUUGCGAGGCAGUAAGGGACACAUACAACCACCACUAUUAAGAAAAAACAGAGGAACACGAAAAAUGACUGCGUUUGAAGAAUUUGGGGUGCUACCAGAAUUAUCAAGUGCAGUGGAGGAGAUGGGAUGGUUACUGCCCACUGAUGUUCAAGCUGAAGCAAUCCCUCUGAUUCUUGGAGGAGGUGAUGUACUGAUGGCUGCUGAAACUGGAAGUGGAAAGACUGGUGCAUUCUGUUUGCCAGUUCUGCAGAUAGUGCACGAGACUCUUACAGCUUUCGGUAAAGGCAAGAGUUCAAGUAAGACCACUGCUAAGUCUGCCAAGAGAGGAAAAGUUGCGAUGAAUUCAUAUGACAGAGGCGAUGCAAUGGCCAUUGAUCCUGAGGGUUUGCUUUGCCAGAGCAGAGAGCAGCAGUCAUGGCAUGGCUGUAGGUCCACAGUAGGUGUAAGUAGUGUAGGUAAAUAUUACUAUGAGGCUUCUGUAUCAGAUGAAGGCUUGUGUCGAGUAGGCUGGUCUACAAUGAAGGCUACACUAGACCUAGGUACAGAUAAGGAGAGUUUUGGAUAUGGUGGAACUGGAAAGAAGUCAUUUGGGCGGCAGUUUGACUCGUAUGGCGAACCGUAUGGCAUGAAUGAUACCAUUGGCUGCUGUCUAAAUCUAGACGAGGGAGUCAUGAAGUACCUGAAGAAUGGGAAGGACUUGGGUGAUGCUUUUGUAAUUCCCAAGAAUCUUCAAAGCUCAGCGUUUUUUGCUGCUGUCGUGCUCAAGAAUGCAGAGAUGAAAUUUAACUUCGGUGGGGAAGCAUUUAAGUUUCCUCUUCCUCCGGGAUACACAGCAUUUAGUCGCAUACCUAAAGAACAGCAGGCAGUGUCUGGAACAGCGACAGCAGCGGCUGUCAGCAAGCCAGCUCCCAAUGCUCCACAGGCGAUCAUUAUAGAGCCAUCUCGCGAGUUAGCUGAACAGACAUACGACAACAUUCAGAAGUUUAAAAAACACCUGAAAUCUUCUGUUCCAAGAGAUGUGCUGGUGAUUGGCGGAGUCAGUGUGCAGCAGCAGUUAGACAAGCUGUUCUCAGGGGUAGAUAUAGUUUGUGCAACUCCUGGUCGACUGGAAGAUUUCAUCUCUACAGAAAAACUGCUUCUUAGCCAGGUGCGGUUCUUCAUCCUGGAUGAGGCGGAUGGACUGCUCGCAGCCGGCUACAAAGAUAUGAUCAUGCGCUUGCACCGACAGAUCCCGAAAGUGACGGCGGACGGACAGCGACUGCAGAUGAUCGUCUGCUCUGCCACGCUGCAUUCCUUCGAAGUGAAAAACCUCGCAAACACUAUCAUGCAUUUUCCGACGUGGGUGGAUCUGAAGGGAGAAGACAGCAUUCCUGAGACUGUGCAUCAUGUCGUCUGCAAGAUUGACCCCACAUCUGACACAUCCUGGCAAAAUGCCAGAAGGCAUGUGCAGACGGACGGGAUCCACGCCAAGGAUAACCUGCGGCCAGGAACCAACACGCCGGAGACUCUCUCCGAAGCUGUCAAGCUGCUCAAAGCCGAUUACGUCGUGAAGGCUCUCCGCACGCACAAGAUGGACCAGGCUCUCAUAUUUUGCCGCACCAAGGUGGACUGUGACAACCUGGAGAACUAUAUUAAGCAACUGGGAGGUAAAAGUGAUGAGUUCUCCUGUGUAUGUUUACAUGGGGAUAGGAAACCGCAUGAGAGAAAGGCAAACUUAGAGGCGUUCAAGGUACGUGGUUACAUAGUUUUUAACCCAUGCACUGAUGUUGCGGGCACGUGCAUAGACGUGCAAGGAAUUCCUUUUGUUGUGAAUGUCACAUUGCCGCCCCCAGAUGAAAAAGCCAACUACCUUCAUCGUAUUGAGCGAGUUGGCAGGGCUGAGAGGAUGGGAUUAGCGAUCUCUCUCGUCUCUGCUGUACCGGAGAAGGUUUGGUACCAUGGAUGUCCUAGCAGGGGCAAGAGCUGUAACAACAGCCGACUGACCUCACAAGGCGGCUGUGCAAUCUGGUACAAUGAGCCACAGUACUUGGCCGACAUUGAAGAGCAUUUGUUGAUGAGCAUCUCCCAAAUUCCGGCAUCCAUGGAAGUCGCACAUGAUGAGUUUGAUGGAAAAGUUACAUAUGGUCAAAAGCGACAGGAAAUGGCGCCAAAGUAUAAAGGACAUGUAGAGUUCCUUGCGCCGAUGGUCGCAGAGUUGGCUGCGAUGGAACAGCAAGCGCAAACUAGCUUUCUCAACCUUCAGUAUGGAAAACCAUUCGUGCGAUCAUAGACCCACUGUUGUGUGAAUCCCGCUUACGAACCAGUGCUCUCGGCUGCCAUGAACUGUAUCGUGACCUUUGUCAGUAGGGGGAGGACGACCCCCAUGAUUGGUCACAGAAGGAUUAGUCGCGUCUUGGAGAUCUGGCCGCAUGAUAUGUGAGAUUUUUCUGUUUUCCCGGUUUAUUAGCAAUCGGUGCAAAUUAUCAAAGCCUGGUGGCAUUGAAUGUUACGUCAUGAAAACCAGUCUCACGCCAAAUUGCAUGGUCCUGUAGGGUGAGCAUUGUGAUGAAACUACGCAGAUAUCGGUUUUAGCGCACAAUUUUCAGUACAGGUAUCUACGAAUAGAAGUUGCCCUGAGCAACCAAUGACUUGGCCCUGUCAUGGCAUUGAAAAACAGUAUGUGUAAAUCGCUUCAGUAAUUGCUUGUGCAUUCAAUAAUAAUGAAUUAGAAUAAAAAACCAUUGGU